UGGGGGGGGCUCAUCCCUCUAGCACCAGCAGCUUCACCAGAGCAGAAACCAGCAAGGGCAGGCUGAGUAUGUUUCUAAAAUAACAAAUUUCAGUAACUUAAAUGCUGGCCCUCAUAGAAGUCUACGGUAGAGCAGUGGCUCAGAGCAUGAGUUUUGAGAUAGACCAUAAUGGUGCUCUGUGACUUUGACCCCGUGAUCCCUGAGACUCCAGUGCCUUGGGGACCAUAAAGCCACCUACCUUACAGGGUGUGGGGAGGAUGGGGAGUGAACAGCAGUGCCCGGCAUGUGAGUGUGCACAAUGAUUGAAAAAGGCCGUUGGCCUCACGAUCACAGGUUUUCCUCAAGGCCUGUCCUGGACAAUAGGUGCCCAGUAACGGGAGGGCACUGCCUGAAUUACAGGCAUGUCUGUCACUGCCCUUUGUAUGUCCAUUAGAGUGACUGGGGAGGGCGUGACACAUCCAAAACAAAAGGGAGAUGCAAUUUAUCGAGGGCCACUGUGACAAACCUGUGAUAGACCAUCCUGCCAGCCCGACUAACACCACCUGAUUCUCUGGCUGAGCCCCGAUGAAAGACCACAGGCUGGAUCUGAGAAGACCCCAGGGUGCCCAUGGGUCUUACCCUCUCAGUCUUUUGAGUGGCCUCAAAACUGGUCUCCCCGCCUCUUUGAGGCCCAGGAACCCCAGUUUCCCACAAUCCAGUCCUCUGCCGGACCUUGCAAAGCCCCAGCCUCAAAUUGCCCCCGUCCUGCUGUUUUGCAUUGGUGCUUUAGUCCCACUGCCAGGUCACCUUGGCUUGCAGAGCCAAGCCAGCCGAAGUCCUCUGGGAAGUUUUCCCGGAAAGUGUGCUCCAGCCUGGGGCAAUGUCCCCACAACCCUCAACGCAAUCCCUGCACUGCUGGCCUGAUGGUUAGCUCUCUGGCUCCCACUCCUCUUGGUCAUGAGCACCUUGAAGCAGGGGCCCACCGUCGCCUUCCCGCCAUGCUGCCAGUGCCGUGCCCAGCCCAGCACCCAGCACAGGGUGCAUCCAGACAGGGUGGGACAGAACCCAAGCCUUGGUCAAGGCAAGAUGCAGGAAAGGCCAGAUAAACUGAGGAAGGCCCAGUCGGGCCCCAGCCAGCUAGACCCUCUGGCCCUGGGCCUGGCAGGAGGGUGGAGAUGUGGGAAUUUGGAAGGGGAGGAGCAGCUUUCACAGACCAAGCAGGGGUUGCAAAUGUUGAAAGCCAAUACCUGAAGGCCACAGCACUCUGUUGUCCUGCACCCUGAGAAGAACCUGGUCCUCCCCCCGCUGGGGAGUGAGAUGGGAGGGAGGGAAUGGGGGUGUCGGGGUACGGGAGUGGGGACAGCUGUUUUCAGAAAGAGAGGUUGCCUCAUAUACCCCUGGGAUGGGUGAGGGGGCUUGACCCCUACCCAGGAAAUGCCACAAUUCCAGCCUGGAGGUGGCACACACUGGUGCAGGGUGGUACCAAGGUUUGCACAUUUCGUCGAGGACUGGAGCCACUGAAGGGACCAGAGAGUCAGGAUUGGAAGGUGUGGGGCUGGAGCCAGGGUGGACUGGACCCAUGGAGAGGGAGGAGGCCGGCAAAGGGAGAGGCCUGAGAAUCCAUUCUUUGUGCUCCUCAGCAGGCCUGUGAGGGUGUAAAGAAAUUACAUCCCCAUCUGGUAUCCAUGCCCUUGUCUUCUAGAGUUUGAACAGCUGAUGUUCAAGGACAAAUCAAGGAGGAGGAAGCAGGCCCACUCCUCUGAGGACAGUCACAGCCUAUGCUAAGCCACUCUAGUACCCUGAGCUUACUGGCAGUCCAGUCAACAAGGUAAAGUGCCCACCUCACAUGUCUCCAAGUUAGGAAAUGGGCACAGACACAAAGAAGAUUGAUUCAUCACCUGGGUGGCCACAAGAGCUAGAAGGUCCAAGGACCAGUUUGUAACAAACUUAGGAAAGGGUCUCUGGGCCAUCAGACCAGCUGGUCAUGUGACUAGGGAGCUCUGAAGACAAUCCUGCUGCCUCCCCAUCCCCAGAUUCAAACUUGUCAUGGCCACAACCAGGCGGAAACGGGCAGAAACCAAGGAAGCUGAGCCAGCGGCCUGCCAGGGGAAGGUCCCCAGCAUCACUGCGAGCAGCCUCGAGGUGGGAGGAGGUGGGUUGGGUCCAGGCAACCACUGAGAACUCUGAGGACUUGGUGCUGGGUCUCUGUGCAAGCAUGUAAGUGGUACAUAUGUGUUAAUGUGUCUGGCUUUGUGGGUGUGUAAAUAUGCAUGUGAGUAGGCAGUAUGUGAAUGUGUGUAAGUGUGGUUUUUGAGUGUGUGACUGUGUGUGUGUGUUGAGUAUACUAGUGUGAAGUGAGGGGACACCAAGAACUUUAUCCCCCUACAGUGGUUCCUCUGGUCAUUAGGACCUCCCUCCAGCGCUGGGCAAGGGCCAGUAACAAACUUGGGAGGUGAAGGCCACUCAGGAGGAGGCAGGUGAUACAUGGGAGGACAAGGACAUGUUCUGGGGAUGAGGCUGUGAGCACAUUAGAGAGUGUGAGACUAAAGUGACAGGUGGGUGGCAGGAUCAAGUCUGAAGACCCCUGAUUCUUCCUCAGAAUCUUUACAGAGCUGGGGAGUCAGGCUAGGGGAAGGGGAGGACUUCUUGUGUCCUCCCCCUACCCUCUGUAAGCACGUGGAGAGGGCAGGAGGGACAGUGGCCAUCUGUGCACCUGACUUUCCCCGACCCCUCCCUGCACCCUCUGGCAGCACACUCUCCCUGGCAGGUUGGCUCAGGGCAGAGGGCAAAGGCCAGUCUCAGCUCCUGUCAUAAAGAAGACCCAGACUGGUUGAGCCCUGGAGGUGCAGUUGAAAGUGCCCUGCCUGGGCUAGUCCUAGGUGUCUGAUGUGUUGAGGAGCCCAGUGCACACUGAGGCAGCCAUGCUGCUGACUGGGGAUACACUGGCGACCCUGGCCGUGGCUGUGGCCGUCUUCCUGCUCUUGGUGGACCAGAUGCACCAGCACUCACGUUGGGCCGCACGCUACCCACCAGGUCCCAUGCCACUGCCUGGGCUGGGUAACCUGCUGCAGGUGAACUUCCAGGACCCACUUCUCAGCUUUAGCCAGCUGCGGCGCCGCUUCGGGGACGUGUUCAGCCUGCAGCAGGUCUGGACUCCCGUCGUCGUGCUCAACGGGCUGGCGCCUGUGCGAGAGGCGCUGGUGUACCGCAGCCAGGACAACUCCGACCGCCCACCUGCGACAGUUUACGAGCACCUGGGUUACGGGCCGCGCUCGGAAGGAGUGAUCCUGGCGCUCUAAGGAAAAGCCUGGCGCGAGGAGCGGCGCUUCUCCUCGUCCACCCUGCGCAACUUCGGCCUGGGCAAGAAGUCGUUGGAGCAGUGGGUGACCGAGGAGCCCUCGUGCCUCUGUGCCGCCUUCGCCGAUCAGGCCGGACGCCCCUUUAGCCCCAGCCUCCUGAAUAAAGCGGUGAGCAACGUGAUCGCCUCCUUGACCUUCGGGAGCCGCUUUGAGUACAGCGACCUUCGCAUCCUCAAGCUGUUGGACAUAUUGGAGGAUGGACUGAAGGAGGAGGUUGGCUUCGUGCGCCAGGUGCUGGAAGCAAUCCCCGUGCUCCCGCGUAUCCCAGGGCUGGCUGCCAAGGUCUUCCCGGGGCAGAGAGCCUUCAUGGUCCUCAUUGAUGAGCUGGUCAUCGAGCAUAGGGUGACCCGGGACUGGGCCCAGCCACCCCGAGACCUGACUGACGCCUUCUUGGAUGAGGUGGAGGCCAAGGGGAACCCCGAGAGCAGCUUACGCCUGGUGGUGUCUGACCUCUUCUCUGCCGGGGUGAUCACCACCUCGGCCACGCUGGCCUGGGCCCUCCUCCUCAUGAUCCUGCACCCAGAUAUGCAGCGAGAGCCUAGCCCAAGGGGCCAGCCCUUGGGUCUGACCACUAUGAGGAUGCUUGUUUUUCCAGGACAUGUCCAACAGGAAGUCGAUGAGGUGAUAGGGCAGGUGAGGCAACCAGAGAUGGGGGAUCAGGCCCUCAUGCCCUUCACCAUGGCCGUGGUCCAUGAGGUGCAGCGCUUUGGGGACAUCAUCGCACUGGGCCUGCCCCACAUGACAUCCCGUGACAUCGAAGUUCAGGGCUUCCUCAUCCCAAAGGGGACGACACUCAUCACCAACCUGUCAUCAGUGCUGAAGGACGAGACCAUCUGGAAGAAGCCCUCCCACUUCCACCCGGAGCACUUCCUGGAUGCCCAGGGCUGCUUCGUCAAGCAGGAGGCCUUCAUACCCUUCUCAGCAGGUACCUGUGGGGUGCCCGGUUUGCUUACCUGUCCUGAGGGAGUCUUGAAGGGGAGGAGCCCAGGCCCCCAGGCUCAGAGAGCCCCCAUGCCCGCCCACAGGCCGCCGCUCGUGCCUUGGGAGCCCCUCGCCCGCAUGGAGCGCUUCCUCUUCUUCACCAGCCUCCUGCAGCACUUGAGCUUCUCAGUGCCCACUGGGCAGCCCCGCCCCAGUGGCCACGGUGUCUUUGCCUUCCUGGUGACCCCAUCCCCCUACCAGCUCUGUGCUCUGCCCUGCUAGAGGUGGGCACCAAGCCCCCAGCCCACUCCUCAAAAGUAGCCCUGAUGUACAAUAAACCAGUCUGGUGGCUCCAACCUGGCUUGAGUCCCACCCAGGGCCCCUGACCAGCCCCUUGGCGCUCAUGGGGCCUCAGCAGCCUCCCCAGAUCCAGCCCCUACCCCUGCCUGAUCCAUCCUUACCUGGCAUUUGACCCCAUUUGAGAGAUGGGUAUACCGAGGUUCAGAAGGUGACACCUUACCCCCUAGUCACCCUUGGAGACCCAAUACUGGUUACUUGGGUUAGUGACAAAGUCUAUAAAUAGGUCCUGGCUUCUGGAAGGAACUAGAAUAGGCUGGUGAGAGAUUUCAGGCCCCAGUGGGGAUGAGGAGGGCCCCACUCAACCUGGAUGCCCACAUUUCAGGCCCAGCCACCCUCAGUUUGCACCACAGGCCAGCAGCUCAGCCAGCACCAUCAAGUCUGCUGCCCCCAAAGCUGGCGAACUCAGGGAUGGCUGGGAAGCAAUAGGCCGGGUUAGCACCCACAGCUCAGUCUUCAGAUGCCAGAGCUCUCCCUGGGAAGCCUGAUGGCAGCCCAGGAGUGUGCCACCUCCCUGGGACUCUCAGUCACCCCAAGAUAGGAUGCGCCCCCUUUCCCUGCCCCUUAGGGAUGCUCAUUUCCCAGCCCCUGCCCAAUAGUAGUUGCCACUCACGGCCACGCUCGAGUGGGAGGACACUCAUCUAGGCUCCAACCCGGGCUCUGUUCUCUGAGUGGCCAGGUCAGGCCGGGCGCUCAGGAGGCUUGGCAGGGGCCGGGAAUGAGCCCCUGUGGGCCGCAGGCAUGCCCUAGGGAAGGGGUCAACCUUGGACCCAUGUGACAAUGGGGUGGCCAGAGCAGAAGGAGGCCAUGUGGGGAGCUGGGAGGAGGACACCCUGGCUCUAGUCCUCGCUCUGCUGCGACACUGUGUGACCUCAGGCUUCUAUUCCCCUUCAGCCAAUGAGAAGUUUGCACCAGAUGGCUGCUGGGGCCUGUCUUCCUGCUCUGACUCUGGAGCUGGGACCUCAUUAGCCUGGAGCCCUAGCUGAGGGCGGGGACUGCCACCGUCUACCUGUGCCCACCACCCCGACAGUUUGUUCUGGCCUCUAAGCACGCACAGGCACCACCCAAGGGCUUCUAAUGACUGUCUGCUUACCUGAGUCAUAAGCAGACUUCCUGGUGCAUUUAGGUUAACAGCUUGGGGACCACAGACACUCAAGGCAGAAGCACCACCCCCAGCCAGGCCACUUUUGCCUUCAUGACAGUGAGCUCCACAGCUCUUAGCAUUCAGGGAACUUGGCCUCUCCCUUGGCACUGAGUCAGAAGACCAGCCAGGGCCCCGUUCAGUCUCCAGCUUAUCCCCUGUCGUGGGCUUAGUGGCAGGAGGUGGUGUUCCUGCAGCUUAUUGGAACAGGGAGCGUGGAUGAAACAACACUGAGUUUGUGGAAACUUGAGGCCCCUGAAAGGAGGCAGCCAGGCCUGCAGAAGCGGCAACUCUGGAUUUAUUGGAUGUUUUGUCAUUCGUGGCUCUGAGUCUUGGGGAUGUCAGAGGCUGGGGACCAGCCCAGCCAGAGCUUCCUCAGGAGCUGGGGGACCCAGCCCCCAGGCCUCUCCUCCAUUAGGUCCACCUCAGAAGCCUCUAAAAAGCACAAACAGACAUGCCCUGUGGGUUCCUUGCUGGGAGGAACCUUUCCCCAGGGCCAGGGUACCCUCUGGUGCCAGGGAAGCAGGUCAACGUUGAUAUAAGGCUAGGCAUUCCUCCACCCCAAGCACAGUGGCCUCAAGUCCUGCCAACCCAAGAAGGAAGCAGGAGGCAGGGGGUGCUCAUCAGGAAAGACAGGGCAUCCGGCUACCUGGGUUUCUUCCCUCCCCUCCCUGGGGCAGGAGGGUCAGGGAGGAGCUCGGCUGUCUGUGGCCUCUGCAGGGUCACCGAGCUUAGAGAGGAGAGCAGCCCUGCUACAGCAGGUGGGGCCAGUUGUCUUACCAGAAGUAUAUGCAGCAAUCUCCUUUUGGACCUUUUUAUUUUCCUGGGAAGGAAGAAAGGGGACAGUGGUGGGAUGAGACAGGCUCUGCACUGUGCAGAUGGGGAAACAGGCCUCACUUCACAAGGAGUCAGGGGAGGCCAGGAUUCAGAUCUCCUCUGCUCAGGCCAUGUCUACUCCUCUCAGCUCCUCACAGAGCUGUUGCUCGACUGAGAUGGCAGUUUGGCUCAGUCAUCUUGGGGGUGCCCCCGCCCCCCAUUGCCCUCCUUCCCCAGGGCCUCUCCACUCCACCCUGCAGAGCCCUGGGGCUCCUCAGUAGGACCUAUGCUGGGAUGUUCCAGUCGAGGCUUCCUUACCUCCCAGCCUGGGGUCCCUGCCGCCUCCUCCUCCUCAGGUACCUCCUUCCCAGCAGGAAUGGAGGAAGGAAUGGGGCUGCCUGCUUCCUCUCCUGGGGACCUCAUCUCCCCCUCGUCCGAAGACAAGAUAUCAGCCUCCUCCUUGGGGGCAGCAUCAUUCGGUCCUCCUGUUGCCUUCGGGGUCAUGGCCUGCAGGGAGGGACAAGAGGGCAGAAUAUGGGCAGAAAGGCCCCCUGAUCCCCCAACCCCUCUCCCUGUUCUCCACACCUGGAGUGUGUGUAGUUCUUUGUUUUUCCAGGGAAGCCCCUCCCUUCUCAGCUCACGCUGUGGGAGGGUUGUAGGUUUCCUAGAGGGGCCCUGCUACUCUCCCUGGGACCCCUGGCCAUGAGCUGGGGCAUCCCUGAGCCUCAGGGAGCUCUGACAGGAGACAGCCCCAGCCCCGGGCCCUUCCAGGGCAGGCCUCACUUACCUCAGAGUCUUGCUUCUCCCCACUCUUGACUCUGCGUCUCUGCAGAGGGAAACAGGGGAAGUGACAUUCAGCUGUGAGUGUCUGGGAGUCCUUUCCUGCCUGGCCCAUCCUCUUAUGGUGUGCGCCUACCGAGGGUGCCCAGAACAGCCAUCCUACCCCAGGGGGAGAGGGGUCCCCAGCCCUGACCCACCUGAGCGGUCACAGGGUAGCAUUUAUCCAUCAGUCCCCACACUGGCCUUAAGGUCUCCCCUAAGGGCUGCAUGACAAGGAGAAAGAGAGAGAGAAGGAAGGCUGAGGUGACAUAUUAAGGGCUCAGCUAUGUACUAGUCCACUGUCAACGCCUGCUGCGAAGACACCUAAAGACUACCAAGGAUUUAAGGAAAACUUCACACAAACAAUAAUUGAUGGCUUUAGAAAGAUAAACUUUGCAUUUACAAAACAAGUAUGGGCGCUAAAAUAGAAAUGUUCAAACAACAAUCUCUAAUUCUUCAAAAACAAAUAUGAUAUUAUAAUAGGAAUUAAAAAUUAAAAAUCCAAUCAAAUUUUAGAAGGUAAAGAAUAGAGAGAAGAGAGCGGGAGGUCCAACAGCUAAAUCAUAGAUCUUUCUGAAAGAGGGAAAAGAGACAACAAACUGGGGUGGCAGGGAGAGAUAUCAAAUAAAUAUGUUCAUUUUUUACCAAGACAAUUUCCCAAAGAUGAGCGACAUGAGUUUCCAGAAGAGAAGGAAUCGCCAAGUGUCCAGGACAAUGGAUGAAGGAGACUCACCCCAGAUUAUGCCAUCAAUAAAUUUCAAAACACUGAGGAUGAAGAGAACCUAAAAACUUCCAGAGAUAUGAAGAAAAAAGUCUGUUUUAGGAAUUCAACUUUCAUCAGACUUUUCAACACCAACCCUUUGAAGCCAGAAGAAAAUGAGGAGCUUCAAAAUCUGUCAGAAAAUUAUUUCUAGUCUAGAAUUCUAUACCUAGCCAAACUUAGUUAAAUAUGAAUUAAGACCUUUUCAGAUAUGUAGUAUCUCAAGACUACCCCUCAGGAAGCAACUGGAGGCUGUGCUCCCCCCAAAUAAAGAGUAACAUCAGCUCCCACACGUGAAAGAAGUGAAGCACUCCCCACAAUGACAGUGAAGGGAGGUCCCAGGACAGCUGAGCAGCAGGCCUCAAGGACGUCCCGUCCAGAUGGAAAGAGGAGGAUGGAGGGCUCCAUGAGAUAUGUCUCCAGGGAAACGAUCAUACAGAUAAAACACCUAAUUUAUCUAAGUGUAUUGCAAGGAGAUUAAUAUUUUUGGUAGAGAUUUUGGAUGAAUUAAUUAUAGGUACAGAGAAAACAAAUUUUUAAAAAAGAGGAAAAAACAAAAUUAUACACAAAGAGUAGUUACAGUACACUACGUGACUCAGGAAUACUAUUUACAUAGUUUUAAAAUGUAAACCCUCAGGCUUCCCUGGUGGCGCAGUGGUUAAGAAUCCGCCUGCCAAUGCAGGGGGGACACGGGUUCGAGCCCUGGUCCGGGAAGAUCCCACAUGCCGCAGAGCAGCUAGGCCCGUGCGCCACAACUACUGAGCCUGCGCUCUAGAGCUCGUGAGCCACAACUACUGAAGCCCGUGCGCCUAGAGCCCGUGCUCUGCUCUAGAGAAGCCACUGCAGUGAGAAGCCCCCGCACUGCAACAAAGAGUAGCGCCCGCUCGCCGCAACUAGAGAAAGCCCGUGCGCAGCAACAAAGACCCAAUGCAGCCAAAAAUUAAUUAAUAAAAAAAUAAACACAAUGUAAAUCCUCAAUAUUGAUCUAAAUAAAAUUACAAUACAAGCCUAUUAGAAUGACUAAAAAAAGGUAAAUGUUGGAAAUGAUAUGGAACAAAUGGACCCUCUCAUUCAUUGCCAGUGAGAAUGCAAAAUGGGUGCCAGCCAUUUUGGAAAGGUUUUACAGUUUCCUACAAAACUAAAUAUACGCUUGCCGCAUGACCCCACAAUCCCACUGCUAGGUAUUUACCUAAGUAAAAGGAAAACCUAUGUUCACACAAAACUUGUACAUGAACAUUUAUAGUGGUUUUAUCUGUAACUGCCAAAAAACUAGAAACAAUCCACAUGUUUCUUACUUGGUGAAUGGACAAACCAUGGUACAUCCAUGCAAUGGACAGCUACUCAGCAAUAAGAAGGAACAAACACUGCUACACACAACUGGGUGGACCUCAAAUGCCUUGUGCUAAGUGAAAGAAACCAGGCUCAAAAGACUACAUACUGGGGAAUUCCCUGGAGGUCCAGUGGUUAGGACCCUGUGCUUCCACUGCAGGGGGCCCAGGUUCAAUCCCUGGUCAGGGAACUAAGAUCCCACAAUCCUGCUGCACAGCCAAAUAAAUAAAUAAAAGACUACAUACUGGAUGUUUUUUUGUUGUUGUUUAUUUAUUUAUUUAUUUAUUUUACUUUUGGCUGCGCUGGGUCUUUGUCGCAGCGCACAGGCUCAGUACUUGCCCCAUGGCAUGUGGAAUCUUAGUUCCCCGACCAGGAUCGAACCCGCGUCCCCUGCAUUGGAAGGCGGAUUCUUAACCACUGGACCACCAGGGAAGUCCCUGGAUGUUUCCACUUAUAUGACCAUCUUGCAAAGGCAAAACUAUGGGACCAGAAACUGCUCACUGGAUGCCAGGGGCUAGGAGUGGGGAAAAGGUUGACUAUAAAUGAGUAUGGGGGAAUUUUUUGAAAUGAUGAAACUGUUCUGUAUCCUGGUUGUGGUGGCAAUUAUACAAUUGCAUACAUUUGUCAAAACUCACAGAACUGCACACUAAAAGAGAUGGAUUUCACUCUGUAUAAAUAAUACCUUAAUUUUUUUAAAAUGAGUGAAAAGAGCCCACUGUGUGGGAGAGGGACUUAAAAGCCAAAAUGAGGACUUCCCUGGUGGUCCGGUGGUUAAGAAUCCACCUGCCAAUGCAGGGGACACGGGUUCGAGCCCUGGUCCGGGAAGAUCCCACAUGCCGCGGAGCAACUAGACCACGUGCCACAACUACUGAAGCCCACGCGCCUAGAGCCCAUGCUUGGCAACAAAAGAAGCCACCGCAAUGAGACGCCCGCGCACUGCACGAAGAGUAGCCCCCGCUCGCUGCAACUAGACAAAGCCAGCGCGCAGCAACGAAGACCCAAUACAACCAAAAAUAAAUAAAUAAAUAAUAAUAAUUAAUUAUUUAAAAAAAGCCAAAAUAACAUAAAAGUCAGCAAAAAAGCAAAACUGAUACUUAAAAUUUUUUAACAACUGAAGAUGUCAUUACUCAGAAUAAAACAUUUACAAUGCAAAAAACUAGGAUAUAACUAUACUGGAAGACUAGAGAAAGGUGAGAUGUAUGUUGGAGGUGGCAGUAAGUGUGCAGCUGUUACAAGAGCUAAAUCCUCAUCUUUCGUUGUAGGAAUUCAUUCGAUAAUGUUUAAAUCUGAAAAAUUAAGACAAAGCAGGAUAAGCUUUCUAUUUAGAACCAUGGAGGCAAAAUCAAAGGCUUCAGCUAGAAAAUUGGAAGCUGGAAAGACUCCCACCCUGGGUUGUGGGAAUCAUGGGUGAAGAGGAUGGGUGAAGGGACAAAAGACAGCUAGUUUUUUGUUUCAAGUCUUAAAACUUUGACUCCUCGAACUAUGUAUAUGCAUAUCUUUGAUGACAAUAAAACUUUUUAAAAUGAAAAUUUGGUUAAUUAAAAAAAAAAAAAAGGAAGCAA